CCCCAUCACAGUGUCCCGUACAUCAGGUGUCCCCAUCACAGUGUCCCAUACAUCAGGUGUCCCUAUUACAGUGUCCCCAUACAUCAGGUGUCCCCAUCACAGUGUCCCCAUACAUCAGGUGUCCCUAUUACAGUGUCCCUGCCCCCAUACAUCAGGGGCACUAUUCCCACUGACACCAAUGAUGGGGCACUAUUCCUCCCACUGACACCAAUGAUGGGGCACUAUUCCUCCCACUGACACCAAUGAUGGGGCACUCUUCCUCCCACUGACACCAAUGAUGGGACACUAUUCCUCCCACUGACACCAAUGAUGGGGCACUAUUCCUCCCGCU